AGCAAAUAGUUCAUACAAAUAUUUAAAAUGUAAAAUGUAUCCAUAAAAUUGUUCGUUUUACAAACAUAAAAAAAGUGUUAGCCUAAGAGCAAGUCCUUUUUAUCUCACUGUCACGAUAUCAAUAAAAACUAACUUUUUAAAAAUUUCUGCGCAGUCAUGCAGGUCAUGACAAUUUUAAAUCACGACAAUUGGAAACUUCUUGUCAGGCGAAUUUUCUUUACGUUUGAUUUCUGAUGUUAAAAACCUAAUUGGGCAAUGAUGCUCCUCGGCGACCGAAACAUUCCGGGACUCGGCUCGUAUGCGGGCGGCGGGCCCUACUUUGCAAACCCCCUUUCUACCAAAUCAAGUCUCCGCGUGGUUUCCCUCCCGACGCCAUCUCGCCACCUGUCUCGUCAUCUCCGCCGCAAAUAGGAACGCGCCACGUUGUUAGCUGGGAGAUUUGCCUCGAAUAUAUGUCCGACGCCCACGCGUGCAACAUGGCCGCCACGAGCUGUGCGAUCCGCAGGUAAAUAUGCGUUUGUGUUCCUUCGCCGCCGUCGAAGAUGAUGAGAUGGAAAUGAUCCGGCGCCGCGCCAGCCUUCCGUGUCGGGAGCGGGCGAAUGCAGGGCGGCGGCGAGGCGGAUGCCAGUGCUUUUAUUGAUAUAUUUAUUUAUUUGAGCAAAACAUUUGGAAAAAAUUGGGGGAUGGGAAAGCGGUGCGCGACGGGAAGUUUGGAGGAGGAACGGCGCUCUGACAGUUUGCGGCGGGAGAUAAGGGACUUUAGGAUCUCUGCACUGAUAACACACACACACACACGCACACACACACACACACACACACACAGAGUCGUUAUCAUAACCUUAGCAAUUAUUAGGGGUGUCAUGUUUGGAGAGAAGGGAGAUGGAGAUGGAGAUGGAGGUGGGGGCUGGGGGCUGGGGGCCCGCUGUGCAUCUCUCCCAGGUAUCAGCACCUCUCCCUGGGUACACGCCGGCCCCAGACACCCUCCUCCUUCCAUCCCACCCGGAGCCUCCUCGGAGCUUCCGGCUUGGGGAAAAGGACACUUUUUCGAGGUCGUCCAUUAGGGAUUUGCGUUAAGCUGGGGGACUAAGUCGACGCCAUAGGGUUGUGUGUGUGUGUGUGUGUGUGUGUGUGUAAUGGUUAUUAAUGACCGUGUCAGAUGUGUGAAAAAUGAGAUUUACUCUGGUAACAGGACCUGUAUAGAUUUUACGUCUGCGGAGAAUACACUGUUUGACACGCACACAAACACUCGCACACAGGAUGGAUACAGCCUCGUCUCGUGUGUGCGUGCCUGUGUGUGUGUGUGUGUGUGUGUGUGUGUGUGUGUGUGUGACACAACUCUGCAAAACAAAACAAAAAAAACGAAGGCCGCCAGCGGAAACCCAGCAUGCACUGUGAGAUGAAGAGCUUCCUGGCCACACACACACACGAACACGCGCACACACACACACACACACACACACACACACGACACAACAUAUACUGUACAUGCUCGGCAGUGUUUCUGGGCGCCACCCACGCCGAUGUGCGGCAGAUAAGCCAAGCGAGCAGGUGUUCGCCGGCUUGUUGCAUUCUAUGAACUCGGCACUCGCGAGGGGACGGCGAUGUCGUGCAGUGGCGACAGGGUUCUCUUAUCGGCCGACGCCAAUGACGCGGCGGCGAGAUCCCCGUCGCCGGCCCCCGCCGCCGCCGCCCUCCGGGGCAGCGAGGAGCACGACCUGCUGACGUGCGGGCAGUGCCAGACCAACUUCCCUCUGGGCGACAUCCUGGUCUUCAUCGAGCACAAGCGCCGCUUGUGCCGCGGCCCCUCGCGGGGGGCGCCGGGCUCCUUCUCCGUCAAGCCCGGGGAGGCGGGCGGCGCUGCCAGCAUCCCCAUCUCCCCCCGGGGCCACGCCCUGGAGGUGGGCAGGGGUCCCCCCGUGCUGCCCGUGGAGGUGGGCGUGCAGGUGACGCCCGGCAGGGACGAGGACGUCCACAGGAGGCUGAAUCCGGCCAAGGGGAUCUGCCCCAAACAGGAGAAAGGAGAUAAAGACGAGCCAUCCAGCUACAUCUGCACCAGCUGCAAGCAGACCUUCACCAGCGCCUGGUUCCUCCUCCAGCACGCCCAACACACUCAUGGAAUCCGUAUCUACCUGGACAACCACCUGGCCAACUGCUCGCUCACCCCCCGCAUGGCCCUGCCGCCCCCGCCGGGUGCCAACGCCCUACCCCGCUCGCCGCUGCCCACCUUCUUGGGCGACGCCAACAACCCCUUCCACCUCCUGCGCAUGGCCGCGCCCUUGCUCAGGGAACACCCCCCGCCGCCGGGCUUCAUGGAGACCCGGCUGCCGGCCACCCCGCCCUUUAUGAGCCCGCCGCCCCCUCCCAGGCCCCCGCUGGAGCGGCUGGGUCCGGAGGAGAUGGGGCUGCUUUCCCAGCACCCCAGUGCCUUCGAGAGGGUGAUGCGCCUGACCCCGAUGGAACCCCCAUCCAUGGACUUCUCCCGGCGUCUGAGGGAGCUGGCAGGUAACACCAACAACAACGGAGGGCCGACGCCGCCCUUGUCACCCAACCGCGUGCCACCCAUGCACCGCCUGCUAAGUCCCGCCCUCUUCCAGCCGGGCUCCAAGCCGCCGGCCUUUCUCACCUACGCCCCGCAGCCGCCGACCCCGCAGGGCGCACACGGUUCCUCCAGUCCCCCUGACACCCAGGGUCAGAACCAGUCAGCGGGGAAAUCCAAAUCCUGCGAGUUCUGCGGCAAGAUCUUCAAGUUUCAGAGCAACCUGAUCGUGCACCGCCGCAGCCACACCGGAGAGAGGCCGUACAAGUGCCACCUGUGCGACCACGCCUGCUCCCAAGCCAGCAAGCUCAAGAGGCACAUGAAGACACACAUGCACAACAAGUCCGGCUCCAUGGGCGGCUCCCCCGAGGCGGAAAACCCAGGAGAUGGAGUAGAAGGCGAAGACAAGCUCAGGGAGGCCGACGGAAGAGUCAUGGGGAUGGACAACGAGGAGGAGGAAGAAGAGGAGGAGGAGGAAGAGGAGGAAGAAGAGGAGGAGGAGGAGCUAAGGAAUGGAAGUCGGCCAGAUUCCAACCUCAGCGAGGACUCCCGAGAGUUCAACCCCAACCGGGAGAACGGGCCCAGGCAGAGUCCCAAGGAGAAGCACCUGGGAGGGGAGCGGGUAGGCGAGAGCGGCGGGGUGGGCAUUAUGCACCCGUACAACCAUCUUGACAAUCACCUCAGACUGAACCCCAACAAAAGGAGCCUGGAGAGGCAGCCCAACGGGGACGGCCCCGACGGGGGGCCGGACCCGGACCGGGAGCGGCACAGCGACAGGGAGCGGGUCAGGGAGCCGGCCGAGCCGGACCCCGGGCCCUUGAUGAACGGCAGGAUCGGCGUAUCGGAAGCGGAAUCCUUCCCGGGGCUCUUCCAGCGCCGACCCACGCCCAUCACCAGCCCGAGCCCGUCCAACAACAACAAGAGGAUCAAGAUCGAGCGGGAGCAACUGGAACUCCCGCCCGCGCUGCCGCUCAUCUCGCCGGAAAACGUCUACUCCCAACUCCUUGCCGGGUACGCCGCCUCGCGCCACUUCAUCCGGGAACCCUUCCUGGGCUUCACGGACUCGCGUCAGUCGCCCUUCGCCACCUCCUCGGAGCACUCCUCCUCCGAGACGGGCAGCCUGCGCUUCUCCACGCCGCCGGGGGAGCUGAUGGAGGGCGGCAGCGCCUCGGGCCGAAGCGGCAGCAGCACGCCGCACCUCAUGCGCGGGCCGGGGCCCGGCCGACCGCCCAGCUCCAAGGACCGCCGCAACGACACGUGCGAGUACUGCGGCAAGGUGUUCAAGAACUGCAGCAACCUGACGGUGCACCGGCGCAGCCACACGGGCGAGAGGCCCUACAAGUGCGACCUGUGCAGCUACGCCUGCGCCCAGAGCUCCAAGCUGACGCGCCACAUGAAGACGCACGGCCAGUUCGGCAAGGAGGUGUACCGCUGCGACAUCUGCCACAUGCCCUUCAGCGUCUACAGCACGCUGGAGAAACACAUGAAGAAGUGGCACGGCGAACACUUGAUGGCCAGCGAGGUCAAACUGGAGCAAGCCGAGCGAAGCUAAGCGUCUCACGCGCACAUAAACAUACACGUACGCACACUCAUCUUCCCUAUUAUCCGCAAAAGUUCAAUGGAGGCAAAUGGACUCUCGUUGCUUGUUAAAGACACUUCACCUUUCAUCCAAAAAGCUUCUUCAAUUGCAAACGUGAGGUGCGGAAGCUCCACUUGGCUGCGUGUUAUUGCCCCGCCCACCGACUCCUCCCCUGUUACGCUGCGGGUCAAAUUGCAAGUUGUUAGUAAUGUUACAGUAUAAAACAUCAUCUGCUUGGCUGAAAAAGUUGAAGUUUACAUAUUUGCAAUGAAAUGGUUCGAUAAUCAUUGUUUUCGUGUCAGAGACUUUUGGGAGACUUACACCCGGUGUGGCGUCUCCAAUUUAGGACUCCAGAAGCCUUUUGGAUUAAAAAGUGAAAUGUUUUCAUCCAGUUGCCUCGAUUUAACUUUUGUGGACCCGGAUGACUGAGAAUCUACACAGACAUCUUUCCUAUGACUACUUGGAACAAGGGGCAUGGCCGGAUAAUCUCUCUUUACAUAUAAAACAAAAAAACAAAAAGAAAAAACAAGACUGAUUGGUGUUUUUUUAAUUUUUUUUUUAUUUUAUUUCCCUCGUCGCCUGAGAAUAUUCAAACUUUAAACCUUUGUCCGGAGCCGUUUGAGGAUUUUAGGAAUUCCAUGGAGCCUUUCUACUGUGCAAUAAUUUCUGUAUUUAUUGGAUUACUUUGUUUUGUUUUUUUUAGGUAAUAUUUGGCAUGUGCAGACACAUCUUUGUGGGGUUUUUGUUCAAAUGUGCUCAAAUUAUGAUAUAUAUUUUUGGGGAUUUCUAAAAAUAAUUGGAAAGAUGUCACCCUUAAUAACGAUGAUAAUUCAGUUUUGUCCUCCAAGGAAGCUUAUUAUCACGUGAGUGAGCAAAUGAUGUUUUCUAUAUGCUAAAUGCAGCAGCGGACUACAAUCCAGCCCCUCCUCUCCGGUACUGCUCAAUGUCCGCCUGACAAUAAUUGAAUUUUUAAAAAUGAAUUUAUAGAGGGGAAACGUGCGCUUAAAUAUAAGCAAAUACAGUUGCUGUAUUGCAGUCGGCCAGGACGUAAAACAAACGGGGCAAAAAAAAAAAAAAAAAGCUUGCACUUAAUGCAUUCGCCCGUGUAGGAUCGAACCACCAUAUUUAAUAUGUCCAAUUGUUAAGUUAAGACUACUUGUAAUUCAUGUGAGAAGGGAACAGUCCCGUUUGUGUAAAUAUAUUCCUUUUUUAUGGUUUGUUUUUUCCAAAAAAACUAUAUAUAUGCGCCCUGACUGUUUUCUGAACGAGGCGGUCUAAAAACAAUCAAGAAGACCAGCUGCUUGCGUCGUCAUCGCGUGUGUGUGUGUGUGUGUGUGUGUGUGUGUCUGUGUGAGUGUGUUAAAAUGCGUUAUUGCCUCAGGCCCCUCCCACCUACUCGUCAUCAACCCUUCUGGUACAUUGUAGGGCAAAUUGACCCAUUUUAAAGAAUCGAAUGUAGUUGUUUUUUUUUGCCUCAAAACAUCGUCUGCUUGGUUGAAAAAGUUCAUUUCGCAUAUUUGCAAUGAAAUAAAUUGCAAUGGAGUUCAGAUUUUGUUUUGUUUCGGACACUAUGUGGAUAUCCACACGCGCGCCGAGUCAAACUGAACCGUUUUAAAUUGUGAAAGGAGUUUUUGGGGCGUGAAACUUUUUUUCUGCUUGGCUUGGUAAGUGUCAUCAGUGGACAGAACGGUUCAAUGCUGAUAUUUGCAAUGAGAUAGAUUGUAAUGGUUUUGGCGUGAAAAUUGUUCAAUUCAUACAAAUGCAAUUCAACUCUUUCUGGAUGAAUAAAUAAACCAGGUCAAAUUGACCUACUUUAAAUUGUUAAAAGUAGUUUUCAGGUUUGAAAUCUCUUUGGCUUGGCUUAAUAAGCAUACAUACAUACAAAGAUUAGCUUCACGUAUUACUAUUAUGAUUAUUUAUUUUUUUCUCUCCAAAUGUCUCUGACACUUUUUGGAUAUUUACACACCUACACCAAGUCCAAUUGACCCAUUUUAAAGAGUGAAAAUGGUUUCACGCAAUACAAUGAUUAAACUAAUUUGUUGACACUUGCACACGCCCCGGGUCAAACUGACUCAGUCCAUUUUUUUGUUUUUCUUCUGUUGCUCACAAACUAAUGUAAUAGGAGGGUUAAAACAAACAAAACGAAAAGAAGCCAUUCAGCAUACAAAUGAACAGGGAGGCAGCAAAAUAACCACAAAAUAAUAAAAGAUUGGAUAUGAGUUAUGAUAAUGUUGAGCACAUCUGGCCGCAUGACCUUGAAGGAGGCAACCCCCGCACCCCCGCGCACCCCGACUCCCUGACUCGUUGUCAAAAUGAAAGGCAGGAGGAUGAAGAUGUGUGAGCGCGAUGGGCGGCGGGACCUUGACCAGGCACACAAGAGUCAUUCAAAUCAAAUUGGAAGCAUAUGAAAUGUGUUUUUUGGGGACGGGCGGCAUCUUCUUUUUGGGAGGGAGGGCAAGACAGCGAAAGCCACAUGAAAGCAGCAGACGCCAUAUUGCAUUUGAAAACAACAACAACAACAACAACAACAAAAUAAAUAGAUGUCCUCGGCGUCAUUUGGAUUCCAAUAAUGGGCGGCGAAAUCCUUGAAUUCUGAUCGGGUUCUGACAUGAAUCCACACGAUAUGUUUACAAAAAUAUGCCAUCCAUGAAAUGUACUUGCAAAUAAUAAGUAUUGUUUCCUCCCUUUUUCCUUUUUGCAACACCAUAUGCAGUUUUGUGUUCUGGUGGAGGGAUUUUAAAGUUACACAAUCAUGUCAGAGUGAGGUGCCAUCUUGUUUUGUUUUAUGGGGAGAAGAAGAAAAAAAAAAUCUGAAAAAAAAAAAAAAGACGACUUGCAGGGACACUUU